GGCGGGCCCUGAGGAGGGGGCGGGGCCUGCGGGCGGGGCGUCGGGAGCGGCGCGCUGCGGCGGCGGCGGCGGCGGCGGCGGCGGCGGCGGAAGAUGGCUGCGGAUGGGGCGGCGGACACUCAGCUGAUGCUCGGAGUAGGGCUGAUCGAAAAGGACACAAAUGGAGAAGUUCUGUGGGUUUGGUGUUAUCCUUCCACGACAGCUACUUUAAGGAAUCUGCUGCUGAGAAAAUGCUGCCUCGCAGAUGAAAACAGACUCCUCCAUCCCUUCGUCUUUGGUCAGUACAGAAGAACAUGGUUUUAUAUCACAACAGUUGAAGUUCCAGAUUCUUCAGUUUUGAAAAAGGUGACUCAUUUUUCUAUUGUUCUGACCGCCAAAGAUUUUAACCCAGAGAAAUAUGCCGCCUUCACUAGGAUAUUGUGUAGACUGUACCUGAGGCACGGGAGCCCGGUGAGGAUGAUGGAGAGUUACAUCGCGGUCCUCACUAAGGGGAUCUGCCAGAGCGAAGAGAACGGCUCCUUCCUCAGCAAGGACUUUGACGCCCGAAAGGCAUACCUUGCGGGCUCCAUCAAAGACGUUGUAUCUCAGUUUGGAAUGGAAACUGUUAUCUUACACACAGCACUGAUGCUGAAGAAAAGAAUUGUCGUCUAUCACCCCAAAAUAGAAGCUGUUCAGGAGUUUACCAGAACCCUGCCUGCCCUGGUGUGGCAUCGACAGGACUGGACCAUUCUCCACUCGUACGUGCACCUGGACGCCGAUGAGCUGGAAGCCCUGCAGCUGUGCCCAGGCUACAUUGCCGGAUUUGUAGACUCGGAGGUGAGCAAUAGAUCAGACCUGUAUGACGUGUUUGUGAAUCUGGCAGACAGUGAGAUUACCAUUGCCCCACAUGCGAAAGAGGCCAUGACAAUGGGCAAACUGCACAAAGAGAUGGGCCAUCUGAUUGUUCAGUCUGCAGAAGAUCCAGAGAAAUCGGACAGCCAAGUCAUACAGGACAUUUCCCUAAAAACAAAAGAAAUCUUCACCAACUUGGCACCAUUUUCAGAAGCUUCAGGCGACGGAGGAAAGCGUGUUCUCAAUCUGGAGGCACUAAAGCAAAGACGGUUCCCACCAGCAACGGAAAACUUCCUUUACCACCUCGCAGCCGCCGAGCAGAUGCUGAAAAUCUGACUGCCAAAUGGUCUCGCUGAGGACGCGCCUACCCACUAACUAUGUAAAAUGCUGAAAAUAACAAAGAAAAUGGUCUCUUUUAAUGAUUUAUUUGGAAGUAUUGAGAUUUGACCUGAAAAGCACUGAAACAUAGGAAAACACGAUUUUCUCUUACCUGAUCAGUUUCACGCCUGUUAUCCAUGUCGGACCAAGUGCUGUAACUACAAUACCACACAUGAGUUAUAAAAUGGCCUGAUGUGCUGGCGUCAGAGAAAAAGUUCUGUCGAGUUCCCGUGUAAGUCACAGCAGAUCCGAAAGCCUUUGUGAUAAGUUCCAGUUUGUCUCAUUGUGUCGCCACUAAUGAUUUAUUUUCAGAAAGCUGCCUGAAAUUUUGCUUUGUAUUCUUCUAGGAAGAACUUUAAUUCCUCAUGAGGAACUCUCCUUUCUGAGCCAAACUACUAAGUUUUCUGCAGGACUGUCCAGAGAGCAUUCAAAAGACCCUGCAGGUGCACUUUCUUGUAAAAAAAAAAAAAAAAUUUACGUGGCCUUUGAACAUUUUACCUAUAUUCUGAGGCUUUUGCAUAGAUUUUAUACUUGAGUAGACAACUUGAAUAACCCGUAUUUAUACUGUCUCAGAGGUAAGCGUUUGGCAAACGGAAGCUCCAGUGCUCAAUUAACCCUGCUGCUAGCAAUAUUCCUUUGAAAGACGCCAGUUCUUAUUGCAUAGCAGAGUAAGACAAGCAGCCAUUUGGAAUAUAAAUGCCUGUAUAACUGAACUAGCAACUUGACACGAUUGGCGAGCGAGUGUAAGAAUUAGCUGCCUGCAGGGGCCUGAAUCAGAGGUGUUCGGGUAACGCCAGUAAAAAGUGACUUAGUCACACAGGAAGCUCCUGUUCAGUGUGUACCUCUCUCUUCAUAGGAAAGUCCUUGUUAGGUUAUUGUAUGUAUUCACAUGAACUCUGAGAGGUUAUUUGACAGUCAGUACUGUUGUCCUUGGAAAUCUCACCCAGAAAAAAUGUUUGCAGAAAAUCUUGUCUUUAGUGGCUCUUUCCCUUGAGUAAAAGGUUUAAAAUAGCCCUUUCUCCCCUCGGCCGGUAAGGGUGGACCUGAAAUGAGGUUUUGUUUACUAAGACAAUUUAAAGUUAAUUCUGCACUUUAUGAAAAUGAAUACUAACAUUUUUUUCUCCCUCAUUUUUGUAUAACUGCAUUAGCUAAUGAUCGAAAUUGUUACAAUUGCAAAUGUAUGAUGCAGAAAUAAAAUGGAAAUAUUUUGAUACUCAACCAU